AUGGUGGGGCGGCAGGCGCCUGGAAAAUGCUGUGAUCUGGGGUACCAUGCCAGUCUAAACAGAGCUCUGAGAACAUUCCUGUCUGCUGAAUACAACCUGGAGACAUCCAGGCACGAGGGCCUGGACAUCAUUGAGAAUGCUGUUGAUAAUUUGGAUCCUCGGAGCGACAAGCAGCGAUUUAUGGAGAUGUACCACACAGCAUUCUGUCCACCGGUGAAAUUUGACUUCCAGCCACAUAUGGGAGAUGAGGUUUGCCAGGUUAGUGCUCAGCAACCUGUGCAGUCUGAGCUGAUGCUCCGAUAUCAGCAGCUGCAAUCCCGACUGACCACCCUGAAAAUUGAAAAUGAGGAGGUCAAAAAGACAAUGGAAGCAACUCUGCAGACGAUACAGGACAUGGUGACCAUUGAAGAUUAUGAUGUCUCAGAGUGUUUCCAGCACAGCCGGUCAACGGAGUCAGUCAAAUCCACGGUGUCCGAAACUUACCUGAGCAAGCCCAGUAUUGCAAAAAGACGAGCCAAUCAGCAAGAAACCGAGCAGUUCUAUUUCAUGAAACUCAAAGAGUACCUCGAGGGCAGCAACCUCAUCAUGAAGCUGCAGGCGAAGCAUGACCUGUUACACCACACCCUCGGGGAAGGCCAGAAGAGUGACUUCAUGACCACAAGGCCUCCAAAUGUGCCCCCUAAACCUCAGAAAGCCAGGAAAUCCAGGCCCCGAUCAGAAUAUAAUGCUAAGUUGUUUAAUGGGGAUUUGGAAACGUUCGUUAAGGACUCUGGGCAAGCCAUUCCUCUGAUUGUGGAAAGUUGUGUGCGAUUUAUCAACCUAUAUGGUCUUCAGCAUCAGGGGAUCUUCCGAGUGCCUGGAUCACAGGCUGAAGUCAAUGAUAUCAAAAAUUCAUUUGAGCGAGUUUCUCCGAAAAAGCUACAGGUCUGA